AUGCUCAAAGAGUUCGAGUUUGGUAUCAAACGAUCAUUUAUGGGUGACGAUAACAAGGAUUACUCAGUAGACCUAAGAGGUGUUGAAGAUAAUGAGGAAGAAGGUAUUGUAGAUGAUAAUGUGCCACUUAAAGCCAACAUGUUGCGCACUGUCUUCGAUCAUAUUUGUGGUCAGAUAGAUACUCUUGUUCAGGACCAGAUGAUGGAGAUUCAAGGACAGGGACUUAAAGUGAAGGCUAUCCUCCUGGUUGGAGGAUUCGGAGAGAGCAAGUAUCUUCAUAGUCGCCUUGAAAACGCCUAUACUUCGGAAGGGAUGCAUUCUACUUACAAGCAUAGUUCGUCGGCCAUAUGCCGUGGUGCGUGCAUGUGGGGAUUGGAACAAGUACGAAAGCCUCAUCCUUCGCUAGCAGCAAACGACCUGCCGUCCUAUAGCGCCAUCGAUCCCCCGUUGACGCCCAGGAUGGAACCGACUAUCGUUUCACGCAUCUCAAGAUAUAGCUACGGGGUUCCUAUUAUGGAGAACUUUGACCCAAAGAAACACCUCUGGCGGGAUCGUGUUCUUGAUCCUAGCAAUGGCCAAUAUGCAGCAGAUAACCAGAUGAGAUGGUUGUUGAAGAGAGGCGAGAUGAUGCGGGAGAAUGACAUACUGCCGAUCGAUAUCCAACAAGCAGUCUCGCAGGUCUUGCUCUACUCUGACCAACCAGAGGCGCCCACUAGGAAGGAUGAUAGCGUCAAGAAACUGUGUGAAUUAAGCUUCGUGAUCCCCGAGAGUGUUAUGUGUAUCUCGGUGGGCUACAUCCACGGGGAAGAGAAACAGGCUUAG